GCUGAACCCAAGACACCCAGGGAAGACACCCAGAGUUGAGGAAGAGUCACGGGGUUGAGAGGAAAAAGCCUCUAUCUUCGCCUUCGAAGGUGGAGAGGAACAGUCAGAGCGACAGCAUCUUUUGAACCUAACAAUGAUGGUGUUCAUGCGGAAAAGCGCUUUUAGAGCUUCUGCUUCUCAGCUUCAACAACGACAAAUGGAAUUGGGUAUCUUUCCCUUUCUUCCUGAUUUCCCUUGUUUCUUAUUCUUCAAUCAUCACCACUUUCUUAUUUCUACUUCUACAAAGAAACCUUCUUUGCUUAAAAAAAUGAUGGGUUUGUUAGUAAUAAUAGCUCUAACAUCAGUAUUGAUGAUGCUUUGGCUUCAUUCCAUCUCAUGGUUCGCAUGAAUCCUAGGCCAUCUGUUGUGGAAUUUGGCAAAUUCUUAGGCUCCCAUGCCAAAAAAAAAGGGUACUCCACUGUUGUCUCUUUGUGCAAUCAAAUGGAUUUGUUUGGAGUGACCCACAAUGUUUAUUCUCUAAGUGCAUUGAUUAACUGCCUUUGUCGCUUGAACCAUGUUGAUUCUGCUGUCUCUAUCUUGGGUAAGAUGGUCAAACUGGGUAUUCAACCUAAUGUUAUCACAUUCAAUACACUACUCAAUGGGCUCUGCAUGGAGGGAAAUAUUAAAGAAGCAGUAGGAUUGUUUAAUGAGAUGGUACGGAGAGGGCAUGAACCUGAUGUGAUUAGUUAUAGUACUGUAAUCAAUGGUCUGUGCAAAACCGGCAACACAAGUGUGGCUGUUCAGGUGUUCAAGAAGAUGGAACAAAAUGGGUACAAGCCAAAUGUGGUGACAAAUAAUACAAUCAUAGACAACCUUUGCAAAAAUUGGCUCAGUAUUGAUGAUGCUUUGGCUUCAUUCCAUCUCAUGGUUCGCAUGAAUCCUAGGCCAUCUGUUGUGGAAUUUGGCAAAUUCUUAGGGUCCUUCGCUAAAAAGAAACAGUAUUCAACUGUUGUCUCUUUGUGCAAUCAUAUGGAUUUGUUUGGAGUGACCCACAAUGUUUAUUCUCUAAGUGCAUUGAUUAACUGCCUUUGUCGCUUGAACCAUGUUGAUUUUGCUGUCUCUAUCUUGGGAAAGACGGUCAAACUGGGUAUUCAACCUAAUGUUAUCACAUUCAAUACACUACUCAAUGGGCUCUGUAUGGAGGGAAAGAUUAAAGAGGCAGAAGAGUUGUUUAAUGAGAUGGUACGGCAAGGGCAUGAGCCCGAUGUAAUUAGCUAUAAUACUAUAAUCAAUGGUUUGUGCAAAACUGGCAACACGAGUAUGGCUGUUCACGUGUUCAAGAAGAUGGAACAACAUGGGCGUAAACCAGAUGUGGUGACAUAUAGUACAAUCAUAGACAGCCUUUGCAAAGAUAGGCUAGUUAAUGAUGCCAUGAAAUUCUUAUCUGAAAUGGUGGACAGGGGCAUUCCAUCAAAUGUUGUUACUUACAGCUCCAUUGUCCAUGGUUUUUGCAAUUUAGGACAACUGAAUGAAGCUACUAGAUUGUUCAAAGAAAUGGUUCGUAGGGAUGUUAUGCCAAAUACAGUGACCUUCACUAUUUUGGUUGAUGGGCUGUGCAAAGAAGGAAUGGUUUCAGAAGCUCAGCGUCUCUUUGAAACAAUGAUUGAAAAAGGUGUAGAGCCAAACAUUUACACUUACAAUGCUUUGAUGGAUGGGUACUGUUUACAGCGCCAAAUGAAUGAGGCCAAGAAGGUGUUUGAAAUCAUGAUUCGUGAAGGUUGUGCACCUGAUGUACAUAGUUACAACAUCUUGAUCAAUGGAUAUUGCCAGAGUAGAAUGAUGGACGAGGCAAAAUCACUCCUUGCUGAAAUGUAUCAUAAAGCAUUGAAUCCUGAUACUGUCACCUACAGCACUCUUAUGCAAGGUCUGUGCCAAUUUGGGAGACCUAAGGAAGCUCUCAAUCUUUUCAAGGAGAUGUGUUCUUGUGGCCUGCUUCCAGAUAUGAUGACUUACUCGAUUUUGCUAGAUGGUUUCUGCAAACAUGGAUAUUUGGAUGAGGCAUUAAAACUGCUCCAGUCAAUUCAAGAGAAGAAAUUAGAACCUGAUAUCGUCCUGUGUACUAUUCUUAUUGAAGGCAUGUUUAUAGCUGGGAAGCUUGAAGUUGCGAAGGAACUAUUUUCCAAGCUUUUUGCUGAUGGAAUACGGCCUACUAUAAGGACAUACACUGUCAUGAUCAAGGGACUGCUGAAGGAAGGGCUGUCUGAUGAAGCAUGCGAUUUAUUUAGAAAAAUGGAAGAUGAUGGCUUCUCGCCGGACAGUUGCUCCUAUAAUGGUAUCAUUCAAGGAUUGCUUCAAAAUCAGGACUCAUCAACUGCUAUACGGCUUAUUGAUGAAAUGGUUGGUAAAGGAUUCUCAGCGGAUUCAUCUACAUUUCAGAUGUUAUUGGAUUUAGAAUCUCAAGAUGAAAUCAUAAGCCAAUUUAUGCGUGGAAGCUCUCAAGGUAGAAAAAUGAAGUGAAUUUCCUAUCAAGUGACAUAGUAGGCUGAUAAGCCUCUUGUGAGUUAUAACAAUACUCGGUUCUUUAACUUUAUUGAAUUGUUUGUAACAUCUAGGGUGACUUCUAGGGAUCUGUUUCUGGCUCUAGAGCUCAUCUUGCAUUGUGUGUUGACUUGAAUCUAUGUAGUACAAAGUCCAAAGUAUACAAUAACCAGUCUUGUUUUCCUUUA